AUGGAUUUUUUCAACAUGCUGACCACCAAUCUCUUGUACCUCUUGAUGGGUCUUUUCCUUCUCAUUGUCAUUCUUACCAAAUUCUAUGAACAGUAUUGCAUUGGACAGAUCAUGAUUGUAAAAACUCGAAAAUCCAUCUCCAAUGUGGUCUCUAUGUGGCAAUCCUUAGCAUUGAUCCUUUUUAAUCGAAGCAUUCCACUCUCGGAGAAACUCUUCACGCUCUGCAAAGAAUUUAAUCAUGAACCUUUUCUAUUCUUUUACAGAGGCAUAUUUCCAACUUUGGUGUUUUCAUCUCCUCAAUCUGCCAAAUCCAUUCUCAUUGAUCAUUUUCAUCAUUUCGAGAAGGACCUCUCCAUUCAAACACGCACUUAUCAACAAUUAUUGGGAAAUAGUAUAUUCAUGUUAAAUGGAGAUAUGUGGGAAGUGAAUCGAUUGGUAUUGGAUCCUUCCUUUCAUCAUGUUGGAAAAUAUUGGAACAUUAUGACUGAGAAGGCAAAUGCUUGUGUGACAAAUUUGAAAAGGUUUUGCCUCAAUCGAGAUGAGUCAAUAAUGGCCUCAAUGAUUCGAGAGAAUGCAACCUCCACGAGUGAGACAAAGACCAAUUCAAUGAACACUUCUCAAUCGUUCAGACUUGCAAUUUCUGAUGUCAUGUCAUGUUUUUGCAUGGAUCUUAUUGGAGAAUCGUAUUUGGAUUGUGAUUUUAACUAUUUGGAUCCAUCGUCGAGUUCUAAAGAAGAACUCAGAGCUCGAAAAUCCUUAGAUUACAUUAUCAAAUCUAUGAAUAGUGUGGAACGAUUGCUAGGAGGAGUGUUAUAUUCAUUCUUGCCCAUUGUUGACAAUUUGAAAAUGCUCAAGUCAUUUACCACCAUCGACAAGUUUGUAGAAUCCAUCAUUGAUAAGAAGAGACUGGAACAUGUCGAUCGCCGAGUCAUUGAUAAUGUUCAACCAAAUUUAGAGAGUUCGUUGGACUUUUUAUUUGAGGCCAAUCAGAAUAGAAAUCCAACGUAUCGUGAAGAUGCACCUCCAACGACCGAAAUAAGAGGAAGAAUUGAAAAUCCUCUUCCUCUUUCGUCUCUCUUGAAAAACAAGCUCGAAUUGAAUGAGAGUCAACUCUCCGUAUCAGAUGCCAAUGUGAGAGACAAUACGAAAUUAUUUCUUGUGGCAGGCCAUUCCAAGACAGCUUCUUCAUUGUGUUUCCUGUUGUUGAAUGUGGCUCUUAAUGAACGAGUACAACUCAGGCUCUAUGAUGAGUUGAGAAAUGCAUUUCCUGAGAGAUUUAACAGUGAAACGUUUGAUGGCUAUUGUGAAUUUAUUUUACAAUCUCUUGAAGAUGUUUCCACACUUGAUCGUUUGCCCUACGUGGAUUCUGUCAUUCGUGAAAAUUUGAGGUUACAUCCACCUGUGGGUUAUCUCACAAGAAUUUCCAAGAAAAGCAAAAUUGUGGACGGCAUCAAAAUUCGAAAGAAUUGUCACAUUCUCCUCUCACUCAAAGGAAUUCAAAACAAUAUCAAAUAUUGGGGUCUCGAUGCUGAAACUUUCAAUCCAGAAAGAUUUCUCAAUCGUCGAAGUGUCACACGAGAUUAUUCCUAUCUGCCAUUUGGAGCUGGAGAGCGGGCCUGUCCUGGCGAUCGAUUUACCAUGUUGGAACAAAAGGUUUUCUUGGCUCAUUUGCUAUGCAACUAUCAAAUACAAAUGGUUCCUAAAUCUUGUUUGGCAACAAGAGGCAGCAUGUGGUCACAGAGUGGAAACUUGAACGAAUUCUUGGCAUGCAAUGAGAAGUUUGAAUUGGAAUUCUCUGAAAGAAAACACCCUUCACAAGAAGGACUUUCUCAACAACAAUACUCUCUCCCAUAA